AUGGCGAUGGUUCUUUCACCAGCGGCGACCUGGCUUACGAGACAUUGUCAAUUGGGAGCAGCAAGGUUAAAGGCAUUGCAUUUGGAUGCGGGCAUGACAACGAAGGAGAAGGAUUCUCUCACGGUGGUGGCCUUGUGGGACUGGGAAGAGGUGGUCUCUCCCUUAUCUCACAGCUGGGUUCCAAAGCAGAGAACAUGUUCUCUUACUGUCUUUUGCCCAUCACCGACUCUUCUUCACAAACCAGCCCCCUCUUUUUCGGCGAGGUCGGACGGCAGCGGAGGUAUGACCAUCGACUCCGGAACAACUGUUACCAUUUUGGACCAGGCUGCCUACUCUCCUCUUAAGGAAGCAAUUCAGUCCGCCGUUGAUCUCACUCCUGUAGACGGGUCUUCUACAGGUUUGGAUCUUUGUUACCACACAUCAUCCGCUCACCUCACCUUGCCAACCCUCGUCUUCAACUUUAAAGGCGGCGUGGAUUACGAGCUUCCGGCAGACAACAUAUUCAUUCAGGCAUCUGAAAAUCUCUUGUGCCUGGCAAUGUUGGGUGAACCAUCGGGGAAUCCUUCCGUCUUCGGAAACAUACAGCAGCAAAACUUCCAUAUCCUUUACAACAAUGCUCAGAACACGCUCUCUUUCAAGCCCACUAAGUGUGUUUCUCUUUAA